AGGCUGGGCCCUCAUGUCUGGAACCAGGACUCCUGAAGUCCUCAGAGCCUAGGGCUUAUGGGGACUCCAUCCACCAUCAGCGGGGCCAGCGGGGCCUUCGGACACCUGCCAGCGUGUGUCGGUGGCGGGCAGGGGAAGGGGGUGCAGUGCCGGAGCCAGACCUCUCGGGUUGUGGACACCCCCUCCAGGGCAGGCUGUGAGCACCAAGGGAGCCGCCCUGCUUGGCCUGGAGCCAUCUGUCCGUCUUUCCAUCUGUCUCUGCAUCCAUCCACCUCUCCGCAGAGCUGGCGGCUUGACCCCAGAGCAUCUGUGCAGAGCGAGGAGAGGACUAGAACAUGCUGUAAAGACCUCGGCAGCAAGACCCAGGAAGCUGCAAGCUCAGCCUAAACCCUGAAGCGGUCCUGCCCCGCCUCGCCCAGCAUGGCCUCCGAGGACAAGAAUGGCGAGAGCAUCUCCUCGGGGUCCAGCAGCCGCCUGCAGAGCCGGAAGCCGCCUAACCUGUCCAUUACCAUCCCUCCGCCCGAGACCCCGGCCCCCAGCGAGCAGGCCAGCAUGCUGCCCCAGAGGCCCAGGAACCCCGCCUACCUGAAGAGCGUCAGCCUCCAGGAGCCGCGGGCACGAUGGCAGGAGGGCGGCUCAGAGAAGCGCCCCGGCUUCCGCCGCCAGGCCUCGCUCUCCCAGAGUAUCCGCAGGGGCGCUGCCCAGUGGUUCGGGGUCAGUGGCGACUGGGAGCUGAAGCGGCAGCACUGGCAGCGCAGGAGCCUGCACCACUGCAGCGUCCGCUACGGCCGCCUCAAGGCCUCGUGCCAGAGGGACCUGGAGCUGCCCAGCCAGGAGGUGCCUUCCUUCCAGGGCACCGAGUCUCCAAAACCCUGCAAGAUGCCCAAGAUUGUGGACCCCUUGGCCCGAGGACGGGCCUUCCGCCACCCGGACGAGGUAGACCGGCCCCACGGCCCGCACCCACCGCUGACCCCCGGGGUCCUGUCCCUCACCUCCUUCACCAGCGUCCGCUCCGGCUACUCCCACCUGCCCCGCCGCAAGCGGAUGUCGGUGGCCCACAUGAGCUUUCAGGCCGCCGCCGCCUUCCUCAAGGGGCGCUCGGUGCUGGAUGCCACGGGACAGCGGUGCCGCGUGGUCAAACGCAGCUUUGCCUACCCCAGCUUCCUGGAGGAGGACGCAGUGGACGGGCCGGAGACAUUUGACUCCUCGUUCUUCAGUAAGGAAGAAAUGAGCUCCAUGCCCGACGAUGUGUUUGAGUCGCCCCCCCUCUCUGCCAGCUACUUCCGGGGCCUUCCCCACUCGGCCUCCCCCGUCUCCCCGGAGCGGGCGCAGGUCCCUCUGAAGGAGAGUGGCCGAGCGCCCGUGCCCACAGCCAAACGCGGCAAGCGCAUCGCCUCCAAGGUGAAGCACUUCGCCUUCGACCGGAAGAAGCGGCACUACGGCCUGGGCGUAGUGGGCAGCUGGCUGAACCGCAGCUACCGCCGCAGCAUCAGCAGCACCGUGCAGCGCCAGCUGGAGAACUUCGACAGCCACCGGCCCUACUUCACCUACUGGCUGACCUUCGUUCACGUCAUCAUCACGCUGCUCGUGAUUUGCACGUAUGGCAUCGCGCCCGUGGGCUUCGCCCAGCACGUCACCACCCAACUGGUACUCAGGAACAAAGGUGUGUAUGAGAGCGUGAAGUACAUCCAGCAGGAGAACUUCUGGAUCGGCCCCAGCUCGAUUGACCUGAUCCACCUGGGAGCCAAGUUCUCGCCCUGCAUCCGGAAGGACCAGCAGAUCGAGCAGCUGGUGCUGCGUGAGCGAGACCUGGAGCGGGACUCGGGCUGCUGCGUCCAGAACGACCACUCGGGCUGUAUCCAGACCCAGCGGAAGGACUGCUCGGAGACUUUGGCCACUUUUGUCAAGUGGCAGGAAGAUACGGGACCCCCCAUGGACAAGUCCGAUCUGGGCCAGAAGCGGACAUCAGGGGCCGUGUGCAACCAGGACCCCAGAACCUGCGAGGAGCCAGCCUCCAGUGGUGCCCACAUCUGGCCCGACGACAUCACCAAGUGGCCGAUCUGCACAGAGCAGGCCAGGAGUAACCGCUCGGGCUUCCCACACAUGGACUGCCAGAUCCGGGGCCGCCCUUGCUGCAUCGGCACCAAGGGCAGCUGUGAGAUCACCACUCGAGAAUACUGUGAGUUCAUGCAUGGCUAUUUCCACGAAGAGGCCACACUCUGCUCCCAGGUGCACUGCUUGGACAAGGUGUGUGGGCUGCUGCCCUUCCUCAACCCCGAGGUCCCAGAUCAGUUCUACAGGCUCUGGCUGUCUCUGUUCCUCCACGCCGGCGUGGUGCACUGCCUGGUGUCUGUGGUCUUCCAAAUGACCAUCCUGCGGGACCUGGAGAAGCUGGCCGGCUGGCACCGCAUCUCCAUCAUCUUCGUCCUGAGUGGCAUCACUGGUAACCUUGCCAGCGCCAUCUUCCUCCCGUACCGGGCAGAGGUGGGCCCGGCAGGGUCGCAGUUUGGCCUCCUGGCCUGCCUCUUCGUGGAGCUCUUCCAGAGCUGGCAGCUGCUGGAGCGGCCCUGGAAGGCCUUCCUGAACCUGUCGGCCGUCGUGCUCUUCCUGUUCGUCUGCGGCCUCCUGCCCUGGGUUGACAACAUUGCCCACAUCGUUGGCUUCCUCAGCGGCCUGCUGCUGGCCUUCGCCUUCCUGCCCUACAUCACCUUCGGCACGAGCGACAAGUACCGCAAGCGCGCCCUCAUCCUGGUGUCGCUGCUGGUCUUCGCCGGCCUCUUCGCCUCCCUCGUCAUCUGGCUCUAUGUCUACCCUAUCCACUGGCCCUGGAUUGAGUACCUCACCUGCUUCCCCUUCACGAGCCGCUUCUGCGAGAAGUACGAGCUGGACCAGGUGCUGCACUGACCCCCCCACGCCCGGCGGGGCCGGCGCGGCAGCGGCUCCCACCCAGCGCUGAGCCCAGGGGCCUGGGGCCGGGCCCGGGCUGCCCACCUGCACGGCGCCCCGCCCGCACUCCGAGACCCCAGGGGGGCUGGGCCCUGCUCCCAGGAGCCCCCCCUCCACCACCUAGGCGAGGCUGAGUCCUCUGGAGACGGCCCCCCUUCCUCAAUCCUAGGCUGGGGCCCCCACGCAGCACCUGCUUCUCGGAAGCUCGGGGCCCAGGCCCUGGUGUUACUGCGAGCCUGCCUUUCCCGGGGACGUGGCACGAGUUCCCCCUUGCCGGGGGUUCCCAGCCCUGCACGCCAUCACCCCUUCCCAUCUCUCCUCCCCUCUCUGCCCUGAGAACCCACGCCCGCAUGCCUCAGGGGCCUGGUGAGCCUGGCAUUAAUGCUCCCUGCCCCAACACUGUGGGUGAGGCUUUGGCCGGGGUCUGCAGCCGAGAAGGGGCAGAGACACAGCAGACGAAAGCCGAGAGGCUGUGCCGCUCUUAGCAGACAGGCCGUACCCGCCCCCUCGGCCCCCGCCCGGACUCAGCGUUCUGCCUCGUGGGGCUGGUCUGACGCCUGCCCGCUGGCUCUGCCACCCUCUGCCUCACUCCUGCUCCCGUGGGGGCAGGGCCGCCCCAAGGACAUAACGCCCAGGGGUCGCCUAAGGUCAAUUGGGCCCCCCACCUCUUUUUUUUUUUUUAGCUAGUUUAUAUUAUGGUCCUAAUUUUUUAAAGUAAUGCUAACUUCGUAUGGAUGAUGUCUGAAAUAUAUUAAAUGAUCUUCUUUAGGGAAAUACCA